GAGAGAGGGAGAGGGAGAGAGGACACGCACACUAAAGCUGCCACUUUUUUUUUCAUCCCCUUCACUCUUUUCCCCCAUCCCAGGAUCCAAUGAUAGCUGGACAAGUCAGUAAGCCCUUGCUGUCAGCGCGGAGUGAAAUGAAUGCGGAGUUGAGAGGUGAGGACAAGGCUGCUACUUCAGACAGCGAGCUGAAUGAGCCCCUGCUUGAGCCUGUGGAAUCAAAUGACAGCGAGGACACUCCCAGCAAGCUCUUCGGGGCCAGAGGAAACCCGGCUCUGUCAGACCCAGGCACUCCUGACCAACACCAGGCCAGUCAGACCCACUCCCCUUUCCCGGUUGGGCCGCAGCCACUUCUGACAGCACAACAGUUAGCCUCGGCUGUCGCUGGCGUCAUGCCAGGAGGCACGCCGGCCCUCAACCAGCCCAUCCUCAUCCCCUUCAACAUGGCCGGACAGCUAGGAGGACAACAAGGACUGGUCCUCACUCUGCCUACUGCGAAUCUCACCAACAUCCAAGGGCUGGUAGCAGCUGCUGCAGCCGGAGGCAUUAUGACUCUGCCAUUGCAAAAUCUACAAGCUAUCAUCAUCAUCAUCAUCAUCAUCAUUGGUGUUUUUGCCAGUAGUAAUAGUAGUCGCAAGCUGAGACCCGGAGAAUCUCAUGCAUCAGGACAGUCUUUGUCACUCAGUUUUUCUAUAGCCAUUUGUUCCAUGGAUGUUUCUAGCCAGAAAGAGAGAGAUUGA